AUGAAGCUUUUGGAGUUGUUCAUAACUUCGUCGAAACCAGUUGUGGAGAUUCUGUUGAUUACAUCAGUUGGAUUUUAUAUGGCUCUUGAUGGAGUCAAUCUUCUUGGCCAAGAUGCUCGCAAAUAUUUAAACAAUAUUGUCUUCUAUGUGUUUAGCCCUUCGCUUAUUGGAGGCCGUUUAGCUAAUAGGGUUACAUAUGAAGGCUUGGUGAAAAUGUGGUUUAUGCCGGUUAAUGUUCUGAUUGGUUCGUUACUCGGCUGGAUUGUUGUUGUCAUCACUAAACCUCCUUCGCAUCUUCGUGGUCUCAUUAUUAGUUCUUGUGCUACUGGUAAUUUGGGGAAUAUGCCACUCAUUAUAAUCCCAACGGUUUGUAAGGAAAAAGGAGGUCCGUUUGAAGAUCCUGAGAGUUGCCAGAAAUAUGGAAUGGGUUAUGUUGCACUCUCCAUGGCCAUUUUAUACCCACGCUACGCAUGGAUUUGUUUUAUCGAUAUGUGGGUUAUAUAUAUAUGGACUUGCUAG